AUGAACGAAGAAUACUUCGAAGCGGAAAAUAAAGGUUUCAAUUUUAUUAAUCAAUUUUACUAAAUGGAAGACAACCUUAAUGAAGGCAAAACAGAUAACUUAGCAAUGAACACUUUUGAAUGUGAUUGCGGCAAGAAAUUAUACGGCUCUGAUGAUAUUAAAUUUCAUUAAAACAUUUGUAAAAAAAUGUAGGAGAAGUAUUCUGAUAUAUUCUGUAUGUUCAAUAACUUCAUACAAAACUACAAAUCUAAACAAGAGAUUAAAAAUAUCAAGUCUAUAUUGAAUGUCUUCCAAGAUCAGCUAGAAGAUACAUUUUUAAAAGAGGAAAAUAAGUAAAAUGAAGAGGAUGAAAAAGAACGUUUUAAUCCAAGACAACAUAAAUCUCUCAUUAUAAAUAUUAGUAAUGGAUAAAGAAAUGAAGUUCAAUUGAAUAUUGACGACUUUUAAUGCAACUUAGAGGAUGAUAUAAAUUCUUAAGAGCCAACACAUUUAAAGAAUAAACUAUAUCCUAUUCCCUUAUUUAUCAAAGAAUUAUCAUGUGAUUCUAUUGAGAGUCCAUCUUCAUGUGAUUCACCUAAGAUAUCAACCCCAAAAUUUCAGGGGCUAAACUUAUACAAAUUUGAUUCCAAAAAGUUUUAAUCUGAAAAUGGAAAAAUGGAUGAAAUAUUAUUUACAAAUUGUUCUUACUGCAAGUUAAAGUUUACAGCAAAAGAAAAAGAUAAUCACAAAUGGGUUGCACUCCAGAAGGCAAGACUUGAAAAGAAAGAAAUAUGUUGCCCUAUUUGUAAAAUUAAGAUUGAACAAGCUGAAAUAGAUUAAAUACUUAAUCCUGAAACAGAAUUGUAGUUGAUUGAAUUCGAUAAGAUAAAAAAGAAGGAGGAGGAAUAAAAAUAACUAGAAGAAUUACUAUAAGGAUUAGAUAAUGUGGCCAAGUGUAAAUGUGGAAACAUGAUGCUUGUAGAAUAAGGUGAUAUCGAUCUACUUUAAAAAGAUAUCUUUGGACAACCUAUAUCAUAUUGUAAUCAAGAGCCUUAUCACUUAGGUAAAACAUGCGAGGAGUUCGAGAAAUUUAAGUCCUCAAGUAAAUGCAGAUUCUGUCUAGAGUAAUUGACUUGCCCAUCUGUAUCUCAUAUGCCAGCAUUUUAAGAGGUAUGUAGAAAAGUGUAAUGCAAAGAAAUGAUGGAAAAAUCUUGUGAUAAAAUUAAUGAAGAAUGCAAGCAUCCUUGUUGUGGAUUCAAAGAUGAGGUGAUUUGCCUUCCUUGUUUAAAGGAAGAUUGCGUGAAGAAAGAUCCCAGUAAAACUCUAGAAUGCAAUGGAAAUGAUUACUGCACAAUAUGCUACGUAGAAUAACUAGACACAAGGCAUUGCAUCUAACUAGAGUGCAAGCAUAUCUUUCAUUUGGAUUGUAUGAUCUAAAGAGUAAAACUGAAAUGGAAUGGCAGUAUCAAUGGCAUAAAUUUCAAUUAUCUUGAGUGCCCAUCAUGCAAAUAAGAAAUGAUUAAAUCUGAUAAUUAAGAAUUGCAUGAGUUGAUUACCAAGAGUUAGGAGUAUAGAGAAAAAGUGAAAUAGAAAGUCCUUUAAAGAGCUCAAAUAGAUAAAUUAGAAUAAGAUCCAUUAAUUACAGAACCAUAGAGUAUCUUCUAUAAUAAUAUUUAAGCACUAGCAAUCUCAAGAUAUUAGUUCUUCGAAUGCUUCUAGUGUAAAGAUCCCUUCUUUGGUGGAGUAAGGGACUGUGCCAUAUAGGCGAAUUAACUUUAAGCACCAAAUCCUGAGGAGAUAUUGUGUAAUUUUUGUACUGCUGUAAAACUUGGCUCUGGGAAAAAAAUUUGCGAAACUCACGGUGUGGAAUUUAUAGAGUUUAAAUGUAAAUAUUGCUGUGAUAUGUCCUAAUGGUUCUGCUUUGGAACCACUCAUUUUUGUCAUAAAUGCCAUGAUAUGGCUGGAAGUAACGUUACUAAAGAUUGCCCAGGCGACGAAAAAUGCCCUUUAAAAGGUAAGCAUCCACCUAAUGGUCAAGAGCAUGCUCUAGGAUGUGCUGUUUGUCGCUAGCUGCUAUUAGAUUCUGAAAAAGAAGAGCCGAGGGUGAAUGAAGAGGUUUAUGAAAUAGUAGAAAGAAAUGAAAUACCAAAUGAUGAUGAAUUACUCCAUGCGGUUGUUUUGAAUGAGAUUAAAAAAGAGGAAGAUAUUUUUGAAAAUAUAUUUUAUAAUAGCGAUUGA